CCUGGAUGUUGGAAUAUGCCUAGACCCUCUAAUGCCCCUCGAAAAGUACGUCGCCAAGUUACAGAUACCACUAUGCAGAUCAAAUUGGGCAAGUCCCAUGAUGCUGACCGAGAGGGAAAACCAUCACCCAGCUCGGCCACAGUUGACGAGGCAUUAACUUUUACAGGUUUCGGCAAAUACAACUUCGGACUACUUCUGGUAUGCAGUUGGACACUUCAGGCGAUGGGAAUGGACCUGUUUGGCACCAGCUUUGUGGUGGCCGCGGCGGUUUGCGAUUUGGAACUGACGAUGCAGCAACGCGCCUUACUUACAGCUAUGCCCCUUGUUGGUGUAGUAACAGGAGCGCAGCUAUGGGGUUACGUGGCAGACACAAAAGGAAGACGGCUGACCCUAAUGCUGUCGAUGUCAGUCGGAUUCGUAUUCGCAGCCCUCAGUAGCUUCGCACCUGACUGGCGCUCUAUGGCCGUGCUGAAACUCAUUUCUUCUACGUUUACCUCAGCUACAAAUUCCGCCGCGUAUACGCUUUUGGGCGAGAGCUGUUCCGAGCGCACCAGAGGACGAGCAAUGUUGCUGUGCACAUGCGCACUUAUGUGCUCGCAAGCUGCAGCUGCCGUAUUCGCCUACCCAAUUCUGCCUUUGGGAUUCUCCUACCACAUAGACUUUUUGGGCAUCGAGUACCGUCCCUGGAGGUUGCUUGCCCUAGUCAUGGCACUCCCCUGCCUUGCUACAGCCGCUCUACUACGACUGUUCCACGAGAGUCCCAAAUUCCUUGCUUCCAGAGGAAGAUAUGAAGAGGCUCUGCAAGUGCUAAAGAGCAUCUACGCUUGUAAUAGUGGAGACCUGGCUGAUAAUUUACCCGUGCAGAAACUGAUCCCCGAGAAAGGAAAUCAACAAGUUGAUGAGCAGGGAUCCUUCUUACGUUCUCUCUGGCAACAAACUGUACCCCUGUUCCAGGCACCAUUGUUACGCGACACCAUCAAGCUAUUCUACUUAGUUGCUGUUAUUUACAUGACUGGCAGCGGAUUCAUUCUCUGGCUUCCAUAUAUCAUGAAUAACCUGUUCGUGGUUUUGGAGUCCGGAGGAGGUGACGGCAUGAACCUCUGCUCCGUUCUCAGCUAUUCUACUGGCGACAGCUUUGUCAACGGAAAUGAUACAACCAUACCCACCUGUGAUGACACAAUCCAAGACACUACUCUCCUAUCAGCUAUGGCUUACGGCGCAAUUGCCAGCUCCAUAAACCUGGUUCUUUCUCUUACUUGCGGUAGCAGAAAACGCCUAGCCAUGAUGGGGAUCCUGGGAGUUUCAGGUUUAGCUGCAGUUUUUCUGAACCUGGUGCAUACACCUAUAGCCGGAGGAGUUUUCUUCUUUGUGUUUCUGCUGUGUGCACUAGCGAUGGGCAUCUUGAGCGUUUAUUUUGUGGAGUUAUACCCUACUUCUUUGAGAGGCAUGGCAUCCUGCCUGUCAGUGAUGCUUGGACGGUCAAGUGCCUUCGUUGGCGUCAACGCCAUUGGUGCUCUUAUCUCCAUAAACUGCGAAGCCACCUUCUACGUCUGGGCCAUUCUUUUAUUUAGUGCUGUAGCAGUAACAUGGUUCCUACCCAACGACCGAGCAGUUAAAAAAUGAACCAGUAUUUAACACUGAACGCAGAAUCUAGAACUAGAGUUUAGAAUCUAAAAUCCUUACCCUGCAACUGCAAACUGAGCAAUCUGCAGCAAAGGUACCUGAGCUCAGAACUGAUAAUUUAUAACAUAGAUUGUAAGAGUUAAUGUUAAUGGUAUAAAUCUCUGCUGGUCAGAGACCUUAUCCGAUUACCAGUAAAAUCCUUGAAAACGGCU